AGUAUAGACGAGGUGAUCGGAAAUUUUAGUUUCUAUUUAUUUCAGUAUCGGCAUUUUAUGACAACUAUGAGUUUGUAUAAACAACAUUCAUAAAAUAUUUGUAAAAAUGGAAAAUAGACGGUUGGUUUUUGUUGUUGUUAUGACUUCAGUAUUUAUAAUUUACGUUAAUGGACAAUGUACUAUUACCUGUCAAUCGGCCGAAUGCAAAAAUGGAGGUACAUGUUUUGUAAACAUUAAUGAUUGUUCUAAAACGUGUACAUGUCUAUCGUCUUUUAAUGGAAGUAAGUGUGAAAUAGCCGACCUUACAAUUCCGGAAACAACAACUUCAGUUCUGAAGGUAUCAUCCGCAGCAACAUCAACUGUCUCAACAACAACUAACGUCGUUCUUCAAAACAAUACAGAAUUAAAAACUACUACUUUAAGACCUAUGUCCACUCGAAGCUGUCUUUUUGGGAUGUUGACAUGCGAACAUGGAUAUUGUUUUGGUGGAAUGAAAUGCAUGUGUGAUCCUAACUGGACUGGUGCAAAGUGUGAAAAGUUGAAAUGUCCCCUGUCUUGUGAAAGACUUUGUGAGUUGAUUGACAAUAGAAUAGAAUGUAAGUCCAAAAAACCAGCAUCGACAGCCAUUACGUUAAUAACAAGCAACCCUGUAAAAGGGAGACAACUUCCACUAAUUCAACAGAGAGCUGUGAUAUCUCUAAUCACAGAAACUACAACCCACAGUGUCAUAGAAAACAGAAAAUGUAGAGAUGGAUCCAUAGCAUGUGUACACGGGUACUGUAAACGUGAAACACUGAGUUGUGUUUGUGAUGACAACUGGAAAGGCUCACUUUGUGAUGAGCUCGACUGUCCAGCAAAGUGUUCCGAUGGUUGUAACAUCUCCAAUAAUGUUGUCAAAUGUUUAGUACAUGCAUCAGAACUAUCUGAACAAAGUCCUGUUACGUUGGAAACAUCAACAAUGGUGCAAAGUACAGCAGCAGAUAUUGACGAAGAGCUACAUAAAUCUUUAAAAAACAGAACAUGUUUACCAAAGUUUUUUGUGUGCGUUCAUGGAUUUUGCAAGAAGGAGAGAUUGCGUUUUUACUGUGUUUGUGACAGUAAUUGGGGUGGAAUGUUCUGUGAUAAGUUAGAAUGUCCACACUGUUCGAAUGGCUGUGAGUUAGAGGACGGAUCUAUAAUAUGCAACACUGCAACAGAAUUAUUAGUUUCUUUUACUGCAAUACCUAACCCAAUAUCAACAUUGACUGAUUUUACUUCAAUGCCUACUGCAAUAUCAACAACAACUGUUGGACAGAUAAAUGGCUCAUUUCCGGACGGACAUGUCUGUUCCAGCAAUUACACGGAAAACCAAACAAAAUGUAUGGGUAUUUUUCCUUGUAGAUAUGGAAAAUGUCAAAAUGAGCUUAUUGGCUCCAAUUUGAUUAAAUGCGUGUGUGAUCCUGGAGCCGAUGGAGACAUGUGUGAGAAAACAUGUUGUAAAUUCUGUAGUGACCACGGCCGUUGUAGGAGGGACAUGAAUGAAACAGAAUAUUGCAACUGUAACUUUGACUAUGAGGGAGAAUUCUGUGAAAACAAAAUUAUUCCAAAAGUACUUGAAGAGGAGACGUGGUAUUGGUGGGUUGUUGGCGUAUGUCUUGGUUUGAUUGUUAUCUUAGUUCUGGCAUUAGUUGUCCUUCCUUACUGGAUGUGGAGAAACAGGGUCAUUCUCAUAAUGAAGAUUGUACAUUACUUCCAAAGAUAUGAAGACAAUGAUGACAGAGAAUGGGAUGCCUUUGUAUCUUACAAGUGUGACGACAGAGACGAAUCAUUUGUUCUUAAACAGCUAUAUUCCAAAUUGGAAGUGGAAAUGGGUUUUAAAUUGUGUCUUCACUUCAGAGAUUUCAUACCAGGAGACACAAUCGCCAACAACAUAAUACGGGCAGUUCAAGGGAGUCGACGUACAAUUAUGUUGCUAACACCACGAUAUGUACAGAGCGAAUUUACAAAGUUUGAAUAUCAAAUGGCUCAAACAGAAAUGUUAAAAAGACGACACAGAAUUAUUCCCUUAGUUUUAGAUGACAUAUCUUCUGUAAAAGGCGAACUAGAUCCGAACUUAGAGCAAAUUAUACAUUCAGUGACUUACCUGGAAUGGCCAGGUGAAGAGGAGAGCUUGAAAAUACAAAAGUUCUGGAAGAAAUUAGUGUUAUCAAUGCCGAAGAAGAAAGACGUCGAAGAGAAACGUAAAGCCAUGUCAAGUAGUAGUAGUAGUCCUUCAAGUUAUAACUUCAGUAGCCAAACAUCAGAAAUACCACUAGUAAGUCAAUCAUACUCAUCAGAUUCAUCUAGCAGUAAUAGGAUAUCAAUCGUCUCUAAUGGCAGCAGUGAUGUCAUUUCAUCAAAACAAAUCAACAGUAAUGGCUAUUUACCUUCUGAACAUAUCAAUAGUAAUGGACACAUACAUUCGGAACAAAUCAACAGUAAUGGCUAUUUACCUUCUGAACAUAUCAAUAGUAAUGGACACAUACAUUCUGAACAAAUCAACAGUAAUGGUUACUUACCUUCGGAACAAAUCAACAGUAAUGGUUUCUUAUCAUCAGAACAAUCGAACAGUAAUGGUUAUUUAUCAUCGGAACAAUCUAACAAUAACGGUUAUUUGACAUCAGAGCCAAUUAAAAAUGGUGACAUCAUUUUGAAAUUACAAGAUGAUUCGAUUGAUCUCAACCAAAAUGGUGAAAAACCAUCUAACCUCAAAUCAAAUAUCAACAACUACCUCGAUCUUAUUGAUCCAGAUUCUUAUAAUUGUUCUCAUUCAUAACAUCAACUAUACUUGUACAUAAUCAUUUUCAGUGACCAAAUUCAAAUCAUAUUAUACUAUCCGUCCACGUAUCGACUUACAGAUUGACAGUCAUAUUUGUUUUCAAAUUUAGGGCAAACACU